AUGACUAUCGAUUCAGCAACUAAUUACUCAUUCGGUACUAAAGCUAUUCAUUCAGGUGCUCCAAUUGAUCCAACUACUGGAGCAGUUAUUGAGCCAAUUUCAUUAUCUACUACAUUUGCUCAAUCUGAGCCAAGUAAACCUUUAGGUAUUUAUGAAUACUCAAGAUCAGCAAAUCCAAAUAGAGAUAAUUUUGAAGCUGCAGUUGCUAGUUUAGAAAAUGCAAAAUAUGCCAUUGCAUUAAGUUCAGGAUCAGCUACAACUGCAUUAGUUAUUCAAAGUUUACCAAUUGGUAGUCAUAUGAUUAGUGGUGGUGAUGUUUAUGGAGGUACUCAUAGAUAUUUUACAAAAGUCGCAAAGACUCAUGGUAUAAACUCUACAUUUGUUGGUGAUUUAGCUUCAGAUUUGGAAAAUAAUUUGAAAUCAGAAACUAGAUUAGUUUGGUUAGAAACUCCAUCAAAUCCAACUUUAAAAAUUACUGAUAUUUCAAGAGUUAAAGAAAUUUUAAAUAAACAUGAAGAAUCAACUGGAAAUAGAAUUAUUUUAGUAGUUGAUAAUACAUUUUUGUCACCAUAUAUUUCAAAUCCAUUAAAUUUUGGUGCUGAUGUUGUUGUUCAUUCGGUCACUAAAUAUAUUAAUGGACAUUCAGAUGUUGUUAUGGGUGUUUUAGCAACUAAUGAUGUCGAAUUACAUGAAAAAUUUAGAUUUUUACAAAAUGCAAUUGGAUCAAUUCCAUCACCAUUUGAUUCUUGGUUAGCUCAUAGAGGUUUGAAAACAUUACAUUUGAGAAUUAAGCAACUGAGUGAAUCUGCUUCAAAAAUUGCAUCAUUUUUACAAUCAAAUGAAAAUAUUAUCGCCGUCAACUACCCAGGUUUGAAACAACAUUUAAAUCAUGACGUUGUUGUAAAACAACAUAGAGAUGGUUUAGGUGGUGGUAUGAUUUCAUUUAGAAUCAAAGGUGGGGCAAAAGGUGCUGCAAUAUUUACAAGUUCGACUAAACUUUUUACAUUGGCUGAAUCAUUAGGUGGUAUUGAAUCAUUAAUUGAAGUACCUGCAAUUAUGACUCAUGGAGGUAUUCCAAAAGAAGAAAGAGAAUUAAAUGGAGUUUAUGAUGAUUUAAUUAGAGUUUCAGUUGGUAUUGAAGAUACUGAAGAUUUAUUAAGAGAUAUUGAACAAGCAUUGAAAACAGUUGUUUCAAGUAUAUAA